ACCGCACGUGUAGCUUCCUCGUCGUAUUUUUUACGAAAGAAUUCAGUUGACUACAGCAUGGCCAAGAAGUGGGAAGACAUAAGGCCUUUAUCUCAGAAGGAACUAGAAGACCUAAUACCAAAAUCUGAUGUUGAACUCGAAGAUUUUUGGAAGCUUUCUAGCGGAUCAGAAACUGAGGAUAACUUGGAAGAAGAUUUCAGUCUUUCUGAAUCAGAAUAUGAGCCCGAAACAUCUGAUAGAGAAAGCACUGACUCCGAUGAAUGUAACUAUAGAAAGCGGAGAAGAAUUAAUAGAGGGUCGAAGCCAACACAGGAACAUUUUCCAGUAGAGUGUGAUCAAGGAGAUGGCCAAGUAGACCAGCUUGCUGCACAAAAUUUGGAAGAUGAACAAAGUGUAUCAAAUGACCAGGAGGUUGAAACACAGAGACCCAAUAUAGAAAACUUCUCUCAAACAGAAAGAGGGGGAAGUAAUCAGGAUAUUAGCGAUAAUGAAGAUCUACAUAACUUGGGAGAUAAACCACAUGAAACUAUUCUUAACAAGGGGAUGCGGGGCAAAAACGGUCACCGAUGGUGUACAGUGUCCAACAUACGUAAGCGCGUUCCCCAACGAAACAUCGUUCACGUGAUGCAAGGUCCAUCUGGGGCGGCACGCGAUGCCGAUAGUCCUUCAGGUGCAUUCCAGUGUUUAUUCGACGAAUCUAUUUUUGGAAAAAUUUUGGAGCACACAAAUGCUCACAUUGCAAUAAGAUAUGGAAACUACAAGGUGGCUAAAUCUACUGUUUCUACCACGACCAGACAGGAAUUGAAUGCCCUCAUUGGGUUGCUUAUAUUUGCUGGUGCCCAAAAAGACAAUCACUUGAGCACUAGGGAAAUGUUUGACUCGAGGAAAUCGGGUUCUUAUUAUAGGGCAACGAUGAGUUGUUAGAGGUUUGAAUUUCUAAUCAAUAAUCUGCGAUUUGAUGAUAAAGCGACACGUAACGAAAGAAGAACUGUCGAUAAGUUCGCGCCUAUUAGAGAGAUUUGGGAUCAAUUUAUUACAAAAUGCAACAGUUCCUAUAAACCGGGAAAUUACAUCACAAUCGAUGAGCAAUUAUUGGGCUUCAGAGGCCGCUGUCCAUUCAAAAUGUACAUUCCGAGCAAGCCUUCCAAAUAUGGAAUAAAGAUUGUGAUGACAUGUGAUGUGGGGACCAAAUAUAUGCUAAAUGCAGAGCCUUACCUUGGAAAACACACCAGCACUCACGGUGUACCACUAGCAGAGUACUACGUCAAGAAAUUGACUAAAGAUGUACAUGGAAGUAACCGCAACAUCACGAUGGAUAAUUGGUUUACUUCUGUUAGCCUGGCUGACCAGUUAUUAAAACCACCAUAUAACCUAACGAUUCUUGGAACGUUGAGACAAAACAAACGCGAAAUUCCUCCUGAAAUGCUCAACCUUCAAAACAGAGAAGUAGGAAGCUCUUUAUUCUGUUUUGACCAGCAAAAGACUUUAUUAUCCUACAAAACUAAAAAGAAUAAAAGCGUUUUAGUCUUGUCUACCAUGCACGAGGGAUCCAGAAUUUGUC